ACCCCGCCCCCAGCCCCCACCCCUGCCCGGGACUUCAGCUCGAGUCACUCGGCGCAGCUUCAGCGAGGGGAGUAGAGCCGCCGAGGAGCGGCCCGCGCGCCUGCCCAGGGGAGUUGGGGUUCGGAGGGAAUUGUUUUCGGCUCUGAGAGGUCCCCGCCCAACCUUCAAAAUUUUGUCCAAAAGCAGACAAGAGGAUCGCCCCGCGCUGAGCCGGCUCGUGGGCAGCAGGAGGCGCCUCAUCGCCGCCGGGGCGCUGGGGGUGGUGAUGGUGCUCCUGCUGGUCAUCCUCAUCCCGGUGCUGGUGAGCUCGGCCGGCACGUCGGCGCACUACGAGAUGCUGGGCACCUGCCGCAUGGUCUGCGACCCCUACGGCGGCACCAAGGCGCCCAGCACCGCCGCCACGCCCGACCGCGGCCUCAUGCAGUCCCUGCCCACCUUCAUCCAGGGCCCCAAGGGCGAGGCCGGCAGGCCAGGGAAGGCAGGCCCGCGUGGGCCCCCCGGAGAGCCGGGACCGCCGGGCCCGGUGGGUCCCCCGGGAGAGAAGGGCGAGCCCGGCCGCCAGGGCCUGCCGGGCCCGCCCGGGGCGCCCGGCCUGAACGCAGCCGGGGCCAUCAGCGCGGCCACCUAUAGCACGGUGCCCAAGAUCGCCUUCUACGCUGGCCUCAAGCGGCAGCACGAAGGCUACGAGGUGCUCAAGUUCGACGACGUGGUCACCAACCUCGGAAACCACUAUGAUCCCACCACGGGCAAGUUCACCUGCUCCAUCCCGGGCAUCUACUUCUUCACCUACCACGUCCUGAUGCGCGGAGGGGACGGCACCAGCAUGUGGGCUGAUCUCUGCAAAAACAACCAGGUGCGUGCUAGUGCAAUCGCCCAAGAUGCUGAUCAGAAUUAUGACUAUGCCAGUAACAGUGUGGUUCUUCAUCUGGAACCAGGAGAUGAAGUCUAUAUCAAAUUAGAUGGUGGGAAAGCCCAUGGAGGAAACAACAACAAAUACAGCACAUUUUCUGGAUUUAUCAUUUAUGCUGACUGAUAAUGCAGAAACUAAGCUUAUUAUUCUGAGUCUGAACACUGGAUUCGUAUGGCUAACGUCAGUGAAUGAAGGAUCCCAGGGGAUGCACCUCAGUUGUGUAUAUGUGGGGAAAUCAAAUGCUACCUGACUCACAUCUGUAUCACUCAAAAACAUUAUGUAAAAAAAAACCAUAUUUAAAGCAAGAUAAGCAGAUGUGUGAUCCACUACCGCCAAAGCAAAUACUCCUUAUUGUUAGUGUCCAUGUGAAUGAAGUCCUAUAUAGAUCACAAAUUUUUAUAGAAAAAUCUAAGACACUAAAUUAUUUCUUCAAUAUAUAUGAUACUUUGGUGUACUGUGAUCUUGCUGCUUUUAUCUAUGUGUCAGCUUUGGUUCUUGUGAGUUUACCUGCUUAUUAUGAUACUUGGAGUUCAUUCAUAGUGUGGGGAAGAAUCAGUUUACCCUGCAGGAGAAGGUCUAAUUGAAGUAAUACUGCUUGUCCCCAAAGAAAUUGUUUGCCUUGUACUCUUGUUAACUUUAGAGCUAGACCUGGGAAUGAUUCAACUUCAAGCCUUAACCUAGAAUUUUCUGAAUCUGUGGGAAUUCCCAAGCCUAUGAUCAUUUUCACAUUUUUCUUUUCUUACGAAUUUUUUUCCUCUUUUCUAGUGAUAGUUAUUAACAAUUAGAGUUUGAAAUUGUAUCAUAGGAUUACUCUCUAAGUGUGAAACUGUGUAAUUAUGUGUGGUACUUAGAAAAUCCCAUAUGUGUCCAUUUGUCAAUAGAAUACAUUUAGAUUUACUUGGAAAGUCAGAGAAAUUUAUUCUUUGGUAUUAAAUCAGACUGAGGCUUCUGCCUUCUUUGGGAACAAAAGAUUAUUCAUAACCCAAUGCACAAAGGUUGAAUUUGAGCUACUGCAUGCAUCACCAAGGGAACACUAAGUAAGGCCUUCAAACAGUUACUACAAAUCUGUGGCCUGAGCUUAUCUCAAAAUUCACAUAUGACCAGGAUGACAACAGUGUAUAUAUUUUAUAUAAAUAACCACCACACACAUAUUUAUAUACAUAUACAUGUAUAUGUUAGAUGAAACAUUAUAUACUUAUGGCUUCAGUCCCUGAUGGACAGUGGCUGUAGAGCUUCAAAAAUUUAAUUUAAAAGUUUAUGUGUAUACACACACAGAGACACGUGUAAAUUACUGGACUUAUUUUGGAUCGAAAUAUAUUUUAGGUGACAAAAAUAUAUGGAGUAGAGAAAUAAUUAAUGUGACUUCUCUUUAAGAGUUAUCCAGAAAAUUAAAUCUUAGGUUAAAGUAUCCUACACUUCACAUAUAUGAGUUAAGCCUAUGGCUGUUUUUAUUACCAUAUGCCAAUCGAUACUUGCACUGCAUUCUCUGGCAGAUUGUUAACAUCAGGACGGCAGCAACAAAGUGGCUCUCCUUCACAAUGUUUAUGAAUUAUAUGCAUCUGAGUUAUCAAUUUUUCUUUUUCUCAGGUGAAUGCAAGUGGACAGUAUGUUUUGGAAGGAAUGCAAACCCUUUCUCUGUAGUUAAAAUACACUGCCAAACGCCAUCUAUUUCAUCUAAGAUUAAAAUGCAUGUUGAUACAUUCUAAUUAUCACACAAUUUCCAUUAUUACAAUGAAAAAAAUCUGUUUUCUUUUCACUCGCCUUUGAAGAUUCUUUGACAAGUAAAUUUCAAAAACAGAUUUAAAAAUCUGCUUGUUUUACUGGUGAAGGACAUUUGCAUUUUUUCACUUAAAGGAACUGGUUUGUUCUCAUGGCUCAUUCCUCUUUGGUACUUUUUGUUCAAAUACACAGAACGCUUGAUCAUUUUGAUCAGCUAAAAUAUCUUGAAUUUAGUCAACUUCAACUUUCCAAGAGUUGUGCAUGGUGUUCUCAUUUGAAGGUAGGGUUUGCUGUGUUUAAGUGCUUUGGACUGAGUAACUGUCAUGAUUUACAUGAUUAAAAACACUUGGCCCAUUCAUCAAGCAUAAUGACAAAUUCUCUUUGGCCUUUCUGAUAUGUAUGAUAACUCAUAAAUGAAUUUUUUUCUUUAAUAUAUAUUUAUUAAAGAGGAAUUGGCAGCAACAGAUUGGUGAUUCAUUGUAAGAAACAGCAGAGUAAUAAUUCAGUCAAAAUACUAAUUUAUAAACAGCAGUGCAGAUCAAUUAAGAGUUUGAACUAACAAUUUUUAAAAAGGGUUUAUUUACAUAAAAUAUCAGGCCUGGACACCUUUUAAAGAGAAGGCUUUAGAAUCACACUGUCAUUUCCAAUAGAUCUGACCUUUUCUUUAGAUAUAUAAGAAUUAUUUUCUCUGUUUAGGUCCAAGGAAAAACAAAUAAAAGAUAAAGGAAAAAAAGGGAAUAUAUAUAAGGCAAACAUUUCUCUUUUUUGCAUUAUAUCUUAUGAAUUAAAUUGUGGCCUUUGUUAUUAUAAAUGUAAUGAUUCAUUAAACUAUAUUAUGUAAUAUA